UAUAAACAAACUUUCACUUCUAGUUACCAGCUACAAACAAAUCUUAUUUUAGUCGACGUUACUAUACUUGAUACAGUGUUUUUGAAAGGAGGAAAUCAGUUGGAAAAGCGUUCGGUUUUUUUGAAUUAGCAGGUGUUUCAGAAUAGGAUCUCGGGUCAGUUCACUCGGGAUUUUACAGUGAGCGGUAGCAAACAGCAGAAGAUGACGAGUGUUGGGGAUAUUUUGGAUUAUAAGAAGAAAGAUGAGGAAGAUUAUUAUUCUAUAUUGGGCUGUGAUUCGAAUUCUACGGUGGAGCAAAUAAACGCCGAGUUUAAAGUACGAGCUCUACAAUAUCACCCUGAUAAAAAUGCCGGAAAUAAAGAAGCCGAACAAAAGUUUCAAUUAUUAAAUGAAGCAAAAGAAGUGUUGACUGAUGCUCAGAAAAGGUUAAACUAUGAUAAAUGGAAGAACAGUGGUAUAGCCAUCAGCUACAAGCAAUGGUUGGGAAUGAAGGAACACGUACACCAGUCCAUGCAUUGGAGCAACUUAAAAACCAAAGAUCGCAUGCUGGAAUCCGGCGGCAAUUCUGGCCCAUCUAGCCUAGGAGCCGUGGGUACUUCACCGGCUCAUCGCAGAGCUUCUGAGGGUGGUGCAAAUCUACAUUGGGGCGGCCGCGGAGGCGGCUCCGCUUGGGGAGCGGACCCGCCCAGCGAGGUCGUCAACAAAUUUCGAAACUAUGAGAUUUAAACGGUGGCUCUCGACAUUCCUUAGUUCAUGUUUUGAAAUGAAAUGUCACAAAUUGAAGUAAUAGUAACAGAUUCAGCAAUUUAUAGUACAAGAAAAAAUCGUUUAAGUUCCAAUUUGAUGGCUUCAAAUUGUGGCAACAAUUGUGAUAGUUUCUUUGUUUUUAAAAAUUGUUUAAUUGUUAAAGUUUGAUUUUUCAACAGUGAAUAGAAACAUUUUUAUUUUGUAUGAUAAGUGCUCCGAAAAAUGAUUAACCUUAUAUUUUUCUGAGGACUUUUUGAUUACUUGUCGUAGGAUAUAUAGACAGUAUUUUUAGUAAAUUAUUAUGUAAUAUUUGCAAUUUAAUCUGAAGAUACACGAUGUCUCAACGUUGAUGAUUGAGGGCAAAUACAGUCAAAUUAUUUUUUAUUUAGGCCACAGUAAUAAAUCUUUUAAAUACCUGUAGAAACAAAAUUCCAAGAAAUUGAGAUUUAUCUCCAUCUAUUUCUGUCCAUUGUCAUGGUGUUUCAUUGACAAAAUUUAUCCGGACACACUAGUUCGCUGUGAAGACCAUAUACUAGUUCGUUCCCAUGUUUAAGCAUUAGUAAUGUGUAUCCGGCAUAAGCAAUCCCCCACUUACUGACCAACAGCUUCGGGUGGAAAAGUCGGUAAGUGAAAGAGCACCUUCUUGUCCUAGAAAUGGAAAAUCAUUUCUAAAGGCGGACGAACCAGACAUGAUUAACGGCGUGGAGAUGCAUAAGGCAACGGGAAACCAAUGCAUUAAAGGCUCAUAGAGCAUCCCUAGUUAAUCAUCAUGACUAACAAUACAACCAAACACUCUACUGAUCAUAAAACUCGGAAAACAAGAUCCGGCAGAGGAGGAAACUCACAAGACUGCAAGGCCUACCCGGUCGUCAACAUGCGAAAACCUUGCAAAGUAGCGACUUGGAAUGUUAGAAGUCUACAUCAAGCUGGAAAAGUACAUAAUGCCGUUAAAGAAAUGGAAAGGCUGAAUAUAGAUAUUUUAGGAAUCAGCGAGAUUAAACAUGUCCGAUGGCCAGACUCAGGAAAGAUAAAAAUCAACAAUAAAACAAUAUAUUAUUCAGGAAGACAAGACACAGAUAUGGUAUCGGGAUAAUAUCAAACAAAAAUAUUGAUAAGGCUGUAAUAAAUCUUACUUCCUUCCUCCAACAGAAUUAUACUUUUACAAUUAAACCGGAACAAAUACCCAAAAUAAAUAUCCUACAAGUUUAUGCUCCAACUGCAGACAACCCAGAGAGCGAUACUGAAAAUUUCUACGGAGGCCUAGACAACAUUUUAAAAUCCAUUAAAAUGGAAGAUGUA